AUGUCCAGAGUGGCCGGUGUGGUCUUACAUUCGCCCUUUAUGUCCGGUCUCAGAGUUGUCUGUCCUGGUACCACUCGCCGUUUCUGUUUUGAUCCGUUUACUAACAUUGACAAGGUCGCUCGUAUUCUUUCCCCGACUCUGAUCAUUCACGGAACAGAUGAUGAAAUUAUCGGAAUCCAUCAUGGACAUGAACUGUACUCCCGACUGAAACAUCCAUUGGAACCCGCGUGGAUUGAAGGAGCUGGUCACAACGAUAUUGAACUGUUCGCUGAAUACGCGAUUCGUCUGGAUCGAUUUUUCAACGAAGACUUGGGAGAGGAUCGAUCAACCUGCCCCGGGGCCCAGAGAACCAUAUUUAGCCCAGCUUGUGUCUCACCUGUGGGAACAAUCAGUCCAAAUCAAUCGUUUGUGCGAUCCACUUUUGGCACGAAGCAACGGUUCAGUACGUCUCGAAAAACUCCAAGAAAACCAAACAGAAAUCAGCCAGAUAAUACACGUGGUGCAGAUCUGAGCGCUGCUAGCUACGCGGGGAUCACCGUGGAAGGCUUGUCCGACACGACUAACGGUCAUCCUCAAUCUGAUGGUAAUCGUGAAGUGAGCGCACGAGCCCAAUCUGCAGGUCACGGAGACUAUUCGCGGUCGUCUCAGGAGGCGACUGAUUCCCAUGGGGUGUGGACAACGCGGAGGAAUAUAUCAGGCCCCCAACUCUGUCGCACAUCCACAAUCCAAGAGACUCUGACCUGCAGUGAAACUGAAACAAACAGUAGCAGUUGCAGUCGAAGCAGUAGCAGUGGGACGGGAACUCAGCGCACGACGGUACGUGAGGAUUCCGCAAUCCGACGCCGGAGCAAAUCCUCUAUCAAACGUGAUUCCAUAAGACAACAUCCCACAAUCUCCAGUGAAGCACAAAGCGUACGAACCACAACCACAACAGCUGUGAUCCUUCCAAGUGCAAUGCUGGAUUCUGUCGAUUAG